AUGAUGCCCUUAUCCUCCGAAGAUGUCCAAUGUACAAGGAGUCUCUGUACCCACCAGCUGGCUUCUACCUGCUUGGAGAUGGGGGGUACCCUUGCCUGCAGCAUGACCCUCAUGACCCCAUACCGCCAGCCUGUAGCAGACCAAGUUGAAGCACGCUUUAACAGGCACCAUGCCAAGGCCCGCAACAUUAUUGAGCGCACCUUCGGGAUGCUUAAAACCCGCUGGAGGGCCAUCUUCCUCCGGGCUUUGGAGAUCCGGCCUCUAUUUGCACCAAAGGUCAUCUCCGCAUGCUGCAUCCUCCACAAUCUCUGCCUGCUGACAGGGGACAUCCAGGAAGAAGAAGAGGAGGAGGAGGAGGAGGAGGAGGAGGAGGAAGAUAACAUUCCUGGUGCUGCUGAACUGGAGCUCUCUGGAAACAACCUCUGGGCCAGGCUUGCUGCGCAGGUGUCUGCCCCUGCAGAGCAACCUGCUUUUCUGAGGGAGCACGACUAUAACUAA